UUCCAAUAUUGUUUGAAUUCAUGUUGUUAAAAAACCAAAGUCCCUGAGCAGAGGGAAAACCUUCAAAAUGAAACACACCCCUGGUCUGACAAAGCUCCACCCCUUCUCUGACUCACUCAAGCAAACCAGGAAACAAGAUCUAUUCCCGCUCUGAGAGGAACAUAAAAAAUACUGAAAGAUAAAAAAGACUCACCUUAAUAUGAUAAAUGACAGUUACAAGAUGGGACUACUGGAAUACUUAAAGACUGCCACUUCUAUCUACUGCAGACACUGAAUUUCAACUUUACUAAAGCCACAAGUCAAAGUGAAACUUGACUCAGAGAAAAAAUGUCUUUCCAAUCUGAGAGAGAGCUCUCCUGCACUGUCUGCCAUGACAUCUUUAGAGAUCCUGUUUUCCUGUCAUGUAGCCACAGCUUCUGCAAAGACUGCCUGCAAAAAUGGUGGAAAGGGAAACAAAUAAAGGAAUGUCCAGUUUGUAAGAAAAUAUCUCCACAAUGCGAUCCACCCUGCAACUUAGUAUUAAAAAACCUGUGUGAGGCCCUCCUACUGGAGAGAGAUCAGACAGGUUCACCAGGGUCUGUGACUCUCUGCAGUCUGCACUCUGAGAAACUCAAACUCUUCUGUCUGGAACAUCAGCAGCCAGUGUGUGUCGUUUGUCUGCAUUCGAAAACACACAACAACCACAGAUUUAGACCCAUCGAUGAAGCUGCACAGGAUCACAAAGCGGAGCUGCAGAAAUCUCUGAAGACCUUACAGGAGAAACUGAAGCUGUUUGAACAAGUUAAAGGAAACUGUGACCAAACAGCACAACACAUUAAGGUCCAGGCCCGACACACAGUGAGGCUGAUUAAGGAGCAGUUUAAGAAGCUUCACCAGUUUCUACAAGAGGAAGAGGAGGCCAGGAUCUCUGCUCUGAGGGAUGAAGAGGAGCAGAAGGGUCAGAUGAUGAAGGAGAAGAUUGAGGCUCUGAGCAGAGAGAUAGCAGCUCUUUCAGACACAAUCAGAGCCACAGAGGAGGAGCUGAGAGCUGAAGACGUCUCAUUCCUGCAGAACUACAAGGCUGCAGUGGAAAGAGUCCAGCAGCGCCCCCUGCUGGAUGAUCCACAGCUUCCCUCAGGAGCUCUGAUAGACGAGGCCAAACACCUGGGCAACCUGACCUUCAACAUCUGGAACAAGAUGAAAAAGAUGGUCUCCUACACUCCUGUGAUUCUGGAUCCAAACUCUGCUCCUCCAGAACUCAUCCUGACUAAGGAUCUGUCUAGUAUGAGGCGUGAAGAGAGAGAGAAGCUUCUUGAAAACACACAGACUUUUGACCACUAUUGCAUCUGUGUGGGCACUGAGGGCUUUAACUCAGGGACUCAGAGCUGGAAUCUUAAACUCAAGGACAGUACAAACUGGGUAGUGGGCGUGUUAGCAGAGUCUACCCAGACAGAGGAGGACAAUGCACAGUCUGGAUUAUGGAGAAUUGCAUUCUGCAAUGAUGUAUACACGGCAUGCUCACCAAAUGGUCCAAACACUGUUCUUUCAGUGAAGAAGCAACCGCAGUGGAUCAGAGUUCAUCUGGACUGGAACAAAGGAGAGCUGUCAUUCUUUGAUCCUGAUACUGACACACACAUACACACCUUCAGACACACUUUCACUGAAAAAUUGUUUCCAUAUGUUACUAAAUUGAAUGAACAUGGGAAGCAGAAACGACAGAGUUUGAAGAUGAAAAUGAAAAUUUCACAGGGUACGUAACUACUCAUCUCCUAAAAUAAACAGCUUACUGUCAAGACAUUUAAAAACACAUAUUUCUGCAAUGUGUAAGAUGGAAUGAUGAAUGCAGUUAAACAUAAUUGGUUUCAGUUUGGAGGUCAGACAGCAAGACAGUAAAGAAAACAGUAGAUUCAAAGAAUAUAAACAGAAAUCUGAGGGAAAAAAAAGAGUACUGCAGAAUCAGAAGGGUUAGCAUACCAUAUACAAAAACAUCUGAUAUACUAAACUGUAAAGUAUUUUUAGUGUGCAAAUUACAGCAGAACAGAAGGUAACUGCAAAAGAGCACUCUAUAUACAGACUAAUAAACAUCCAAAGCAAAAAAUUUUUUUGUCAGGUCAACAUCAGGAUGUAAAGACUAUAUUUUUCUUUCUUUCAUCAACCUUCUUAUAUUAAAGAAACUGUAAAGCUCCCACCUCACGACCCAGACGUCCUUUAUGGUUAGUUCAGUAAACUGCAAAGUGUUUAAAUGCCAAGUCAUUGUGAUCCCUUUGUUCAUUUCCUGAAUAGAAGUUUUUCUGGACUACAGACACAGAAGGAGAAUCUCCAGUUUCUCAGUUAUUUUGAAGGAAAUGCUCUGCUUUAUUGCAACUUCAUAACUUGGUUUAGAUUGAGAAGAGAGCUGUAAAGAUUAACCCUUUAUUGUAAAAGAAAUGCCCAUCCCAAUUUUCCUUGUCCAAUUAUUUGUUUUAUCCAACCAACAAGACCAGACAAAAAUCUGAAGAUAUUAGAUUUACCAAGACAUAACAAAAGCAGUAAAUCCUCACAUUUAGAAGAUGAACUCAGAAAACUGUUGGCAUUUUUGCUUGAUACAUGUCUUAGUUUAUCAUCAAACCUAUUAAUUCAUUUUCUGUUAAUCAACUAAUCUAUUAAUGGACUGAUAUUUCUGCAAUAUAUAGAGUUUAAUAGAAGGUUUAAACAUGCUUAUUCAUUACUAAAGAAGCAGUUUUAAUAUUU